AGUAACAAGUUUUCAUUGGCUGUUGAAGGCAUAUGACAAACCAAGAUGGCGGCGCCCAUGAGGAUUUUAGCAGGCGAUGAAAUAUUUUUAGGCUUUUCUGACUAACUGCUGCUGAUGUCCAUGGGAGAGGAGUGUUAACAGGAGAAAAGUCAGAGCAGAAACUGAGUUGCUGCCAUUUGAAAAAACUCUGAAACACUGAAGAGAAACAAUGCCUCUGUCAGACUUCCUUGCUGGUUUGAAAGAUAACCCGUACUUCGGUGCCGGUUUUGGACUGGUCGGAGUCGGUGCUGGGCUGGCUGUUCUCAGGAAGGGGUCCCAGUUUGGAAUGGUGGCAUUCAGACGACACUGUAUGAUCACUCUGGAGAUUCCUAGCAAGGACAAGAGCUACCAUUGGCUGCUUCAGUGGAUUACCCAGAAUGCCCAGAGAACACAGCACCUGAGUGUAGAUACCACAUUCCAGCAGCACGACAGUGGGAAAAUUAGCACCAGAUUCGACUUCGUUCCCAGCCCAGGAACACACUUCUUCUGGUAUAAGAACAACUGGAUCAGAAUAGAGAGAACGAGAGAGAAGCAGAUGGUUGACCUGCACCACGGCACACCCUGGGAAACAGUGCAGCUCACAGCACUGGGCAGGAAUAGGGAAAUGUUCUUCGAGAUUUUAAAUGAAGCAAGAGAACUCGCCUUACAAAGAACAGAGGGGAAGACUGUGAUGUACACAGCCAUGGGUCCUGAGUGGAGACAGUUUGGUUACCCCAGGAAGAGGAGACCUCUCAGCUCUGUCAUCCUGCACGAGGGACAGGCAGACAGGAUACUGCAGGAUGUCAGGGAGUUCAUCAGUAACCCCAAGUGGUACACAGACAGGGGUAUUCCAUACAGAAGAGGCUACUUACUGUAUGGUCCUCCAGGCUGUGGCAAGAGCAGCUUCAUUACAGCCCUUGCAGGAGAGCUACAGUACAGUAUCUGCCUGAUGAACCUGAGUGAGCGGGGGCUGUCUGAUGACAGACUGAACCACCUCCUGAGUGUGGCUCCUCAGCAGAGUAUCAUCCUACUGGAGGACAUAGAUGCUGCAUUUGUCAGUAGAGAACUCACACCACAAGAGAAAGUUGCAUAUCAGGGAAUGGGCAGACUGACGUUCAGUGGUCUGCUGAAUGCCUUGGACGGAGUAGCUUCAACAGAGGCUAGGAUCGUGUUCAUGACCACCAACUUUAUUGACAGGUUGGACCCAGCCCUGAUCCGCCCCGGCCGUGUGGAUAUGAAGGAGUACAUCGGUCACGCCAGCGAGCACCAGCUGACGGAGAUGUUCCGCAGGUUCUACCCUGACCAACCGGAGGCCAGGUCACAGGAGUUCGCCAGCAAGGUUGUUGCACAGGGCAAGGACAUUAGUAUAGCACUGGUUCAAGGUUUCUUCAUGCUAAACAAGUCAGAUCCUGAUGCUGUUAUAGAGAAUAUAGACAAGAUGUGGACAUAGACGUAAAUAAAAUUUUAUUUCUAGGUUGCUCAUUAUAUGUUCAAAAUGUAAACUGAAUUGAUUAUUUCAACAGCCAGUGAUAUGAAAGUAUAUGUCGAGCAUUUUACUGCUACCAAAUUAAAAUGUAUUGUUAGUCAAUCUAUGUACAUGUGACACUGGAUGCUAUGAAAAUCAUAGAUGAUGAUAUGAAUAAACGAAAUUGCUUUUUUCGGUCUCAAUUUGCAA